AUGCCACGAGAAGAGGAUCACUUCAGUUACCCCAAGAAGGGGCACGGCCACUCUUAUGUCACUGCUGAAGAGGCCGCAGGGAUUGGCAUCCUGACUGUGGUCCUGGGCAUUGCUCUGCUCAUCGGCUGCUGGUACUAUAGGAGACGAAGUGGAUACCGAACAUUGACGGACAAAAGACUUUAUGCUGGUAUGCAAAGUACCCUGAAGGAAAGAUGCCCUAGUGAUGGUCAUCAGGAGAGCGGACUGUCUUUGCAAGAGAAAAAACAGCAGCCUGUGGUUCCCAACGCUCCACCUGCCUAUGAGAAGCUCUCUUCAGACCAGUGCCCACCACCAUAUUCACCCUGAACACCAGAAAGGGGCUGGGAAUGCAGAAAUGGUUUCUCUCACGCU